GUUCGUCGUCUAUGGUGAUUUGGGGUGAAUGAUGGUUCAGGUGGAGGGUCUUUGUCUUUUUGGUGUUGACGGAGAGGCCAAAGGUCCUGUACGCCGCGGCGAAGCAGUCCGCGAUGAGCUGGAGGCCCCCGGAGGAGUUGGAGACCGCAGCAUUGUCAUCAGCGUACUGGAGUUCGCUGACGGUCGUGACCAUGGUCCCCCGCUUGCUCCUCAAACGGCUGAGGUUGAAGAGCGACCCUUCAGUUUGGUAGCGUAGAUUGAUUCCAUGCUCCUGGACAGGGGUGACGUGGUGGAUGAGCGCUGCGAUGUAGAGGCAGAACAACGUCGGCGCUAUCGUGCAGCCCUGUUUGACACCGGUCCGAACCGGGAAUGGGGGAGUCAUUUCGCCCUGAGUCAGGACGCAACCCUUCAUGCCGUCGUGAAACAUCCGGAUGAGGGAUAUGAAUUUGGGGGGGCAGCCUUGACGUUCCAGCACUUUCCAGAGUGCUGCUCGGGGCACAGAAUCAAACGCUUUGGCCAGAUCAUAAAAGAUGGCGUGGAACUCCCUCCGCUGCUCCCGGCACUUCUCCAGGAGCUGUCUGGCGCAGAACACCAUGUCCGUGGUUCCCCUGCCUGGACGGAAGCCCGCCUGGGACUCCGGAAAAACCCGCUCAGCGAGACAGUUUCCACAGUCGAGUUUGUCGCCCUUCUUGAAUAUUGUGACGAUGACGGAGUCCUUCAGUUCUCCAGGCACCGUCUCCUCGACCCAGCAUUGAAGGAUGAAGGUGUGGAGGCGGGGCUGCGGAGAUCUCCCGGAGAGUCGGCAGCUCCGUCAUCCAGUGUUGCACGGGGAGCUGGGGGACAGGAUCGAGGAAGCCGUCUGCUGCGCAUGUCGGACGGUUCAGGAGCUCCAUGAAAUGCUCCUUCCAUCGCUGGUGAGUAUCCUCCUUUUCCUGCAGGAUUGUGCCGUCCUUUGCCUUCACAGCCAUUGGAGGACUGUGAGCCGGACCGAUGAUCUUCCUCGUUGCUUCGAAGAAGGAUCUGAUAUCGUGACGGUCAGCGAAACUCUGCA